GGGAGGGAGGGAUGAGAUGGAGAGCGAGGGUUAGAGAGAGGGAGAGGAGAGGGCGGCGAUCCGAUUUCGAGCCGGACCAUAUCCAUCCCCGUGUCUCCCUCGUCUCCUUGAUUUCAUCGGCAUCCUGCUCGGUUGAUUUCUGCUUGCCUCUUUCCAUCAAUGGGAACGCCGGAGUUUCCCGAUCUCGGGAAGCACUGCAGCGUCGAAGACUGCCGGCAGAUCGAUUUCUUGCCCUUCACCUGCGACCGAUGCAGGAAGGUAUUUUGUCUGGAGCACAGAAGUUACACCAAACACCUCUGUCCAAAUGCAAACCAACAGGAUGUGACUGUCCUGGUGUGCCCACUAUGUGCUAAAGGAGUUCAUUUGGUCCCAGAUGAAGACCCAAACAUCACAUGGGAGUCUCAUGUAAACCUUGACUGUGACCCAUCGAACUAUCAGAAAACAACAAAAAAAAAGCGAUGUCCUAUUCCUGGUUGCAAAGAGACAUUAACUUUCUCUAACACAAUUAGAUGUAGAGACUGCACCAAAGAACACUGCUUGAAGCAUAGAUUUGGGCCUGACCACAAGUGUCCUGGACCCAAAAAACCAGUUUCAGGCUUCCCAUUUGUUGGUCUGCUUAAUAGGAGUCAGAAACGUGAAUCAUUAUCGAAGAACAGCUCAAAUGGUACCUCGUGGUGGAGUUCAAGCUUGCUUACUGCGGCGUCAAGUUUGAGGGCUUCUGCUGAAGCAGGCAUGCAAAGGUUGAGCAAUGCAACUACCCAAGCUUUGCAAAAGGCAAAGGAUGGAACAUCACCGGGUGGUAGUGGUGCACUUGUGGAGCAGUGUACUCAGUGUCCAGCAAAGUUCUCCACCAUAUCUGCUCUGAUUGAGCAUGCAGAGAAAUCUCAUCAUCGCAGUACUCAGCCAGGUUGUGCUAGGGUGACAAUCGAUGCGUGCCCCAUAUGCAGCAAAGGUUUUCGAGAUCCAGUAUUGUUGGUGGAGCAUGUCGAGAGGGAUCAUGGAGGGUCUUCAAUUGCUUAAAAGCAAGCACAACUCUCCAUUACAUUUUCUCCAGUCUCCACCCUGCAAAGUAGUAGAAUUUUGCUAUAUUACUAAAUAAUUAUAUUCUUUAUUGAUAUUGAAAUGUGGUCUCCAUGUUUUCCAGUCAAAUGACAAAUCAAUUGGAUCAUCGAAUUAUUCUCUACUGAUUCUUACAUAUUUGUUCAAAGGAUUAUGCCAUAUCUAUUUCAAUAACGAAUAUACAUCUUUUUCAAAUUUUGAUUAAUGUUUUGGAUUUCUCAUGAUUUUUUUGCAAAAAAAUCAUCGAUUACUUUUACAAUUUCUGAAUUUUGCUUUUUGAUAGAGGAGUUAUUCCUGAUUUUUCCCCCCUCUUUUCUGAUAUAUAGUCCUUGCCUUCCUAAUUUUUCCUUGAAUUUUGUCAAAUCAUAUACCAAUAGGAUUUAUUCUAAUCCUGAUGUUGUGACUAGUUUUCCCUUGGCUAAAGGAGGAUUCCAUAAUUGUUUCUGUGAAGUUACUUCUCCGGUCAUGCACAUGCAUGUGCACACUCACACCAGAGAUGAUCACGGCAAAAUAUUUAUUUUUCCUUUAUUUUUUCUAAGCGACCAGAUCUACUCUCUGCAUUGUCUUAAAUUUUUCCUCAACAGUAUUAUCUGUAGUUCUGCUCUCAUUUAUGAUGUAUCAUUUUAAAUUUUUAACUUUGCUGAUUACUCUCUUGGUUUGUUUUUCGACUUCUUGCCUUGUCUCAUAUUACAGACACUUGCUUUGUGCAAAUAAUUCAACUACUCUUUUUCCCUCAAAAAAAAAAAGAAGAGAAAAAACUACUUUCAUUUAGCAGAUAUCACUGCACACCUAAAGGCUUUAAGGCAAAUAGGUCCCUGUAGACUAUGAGCUCAUGCAUGCUUACGUGCACGAGAGCGAGGAUGCUUGCUUCUGUCCAUGCUGUGUUUCUCAGGGCAUUGAUACACUCCUCUGUUUUAUGUGUUCCUUUUCUUUUUGCAGUUGGGUCUAUGUUACUGAAACUGCCCUCUCUGAUCUUCAAGCAGAUUCGAAUUAGUUCAUUUUACUGGAGAAAAGGAUAAUCCUUGCUUCUGCUUUGUUUACUGCAGACAGUCAGCUUUUGCUGUAGCGUGCUCGGACGCAGGUGUUCUCCAUUUCCAUUGGAGAUAUUACGUCAACAUACAAGUUGUUUGGCACUGUUGUUGUAAUUACUGUCGCAUAAUUGUAUUAGAAGAUAACUUUUCUCUCUCUCCUUUUGUCUUAAUCUUUAACUAAAAGUUGUUUCUUAUUUCUAGAGUUAACAUGAUGUCGGAAACAAAUGAAGCUAACUGUCAAGUUGUGAUGCACGAGUAUUGUUAGCUUC